AUGGGUCAUGUCCGGGAGCAGGAGGCCCAUGAGGAGUGUGGGUGCAUCGGGACGGCCCCCGGGAGGGGCCUGGACACCGUGAGCGGGAACGUCUGUAACAGCAGCCACAUCAGCUCCACAGCAGAGAGGAUAAGACAGGAGCUGCAGGGCCAGGGCCAGCUGGGCAGCCGCAGGCAGCACUCAGGACCUCCCGCCAUGGCCUGGCUUCCCCUCUACCUCCUGCCCCUCGUCGUCUCCACAGGUCUCUGUGCUGCUCCUGUGCUCACCCAGCCCCCAUCUGCCUCUGCCGCCCCGGGGGCCUCGGCCAAGCUCACCUGCACCCUGAGCCAGGAGUACAGCACCUACACUAUUCACUGGUAUCACCAGAGACCAGGACAGGCCCCUCGGUACAUCAUGUAUCUUACGAGUUCUGGAAGCCAGGGCAAGGGGGCCGGGAUCCCCGAUCGCUUCUCAGGCUCCAGCUCUGGGGCCGACCGCUACUUAACCAUCUCCAGCAUCCAGUCUGAGGACGAGGCUGAGUACAUCUGUGGUGCAGACUAUAGCAUUAGUGGCCAAUACGGGUUCCACAGUGACACACACAAACGGGAAGGCUGCAGUGACUUUGCCCCAAACGAGGCCCCACAGGUCCCUCUGCAGGACGGGUUCCCACCCCUCACCCUGUAG